AUGUACUAUGUUAGUGUACUUAAAUGGAAAAGGCAGGUGCUUCAUAGAAGGAUUUAACUUAUUUCUAGCAGGAAUUAUGUGAAUUUCUUAUAAAAGAAGAGACAGGAUGCAAUGUGAAGUUGGAAUUCUGCAGCAAGGACGUGAACCCAGAUUCUUAUUUCCAUCGUUUGCCUGGAAAAUCUGAAGAUGUAGAAACAAUUCCUUUGGUUUUUCCUGUUGUGCACAACUAAGAAAAAAUGGCUUCUGUUCUGCUUCACUUUAUCACUUUUGAACAAAGUUUGUGCCUUCCCUCCAUUUCCCUCUUCCUCAUAUUGGGUUUCUCCGCUCUCACAGACAGCUUCUUCUUCAAAACAUUCCUUUCUUUCACAUGAAAGCAAUUGCUACCCCUCGAAACAGAGAGAAAGACGCCUUUACUCUUCCUUUCUUUAUGUUGGUGUUUUCUUAAUCUGGACCUCUUUGCUUCCGAAUAGAGUUUCAGGUUUCUUGUGGGUAGCCACUUCCUAGUUGGUUCCCGCAGCAGCAAAGCAACGCCAGAAAAGGAGCAUGAAGUUGGUGGUUGAAGUUGUAGAUGCUCAUGAUCUUAUGCCCAAAGAUGGAGAAGGCUCAGCUAGUCCAUUUGUAGAAGUUGAUUUUGAAAACCAGUUAAGUCGAACCAGAACUGUUCAUAAGAGUCUCAACCCCAUUUGGAACCAGGAACUUGUCUUCCAUUUCGACAAAACCAAAAACUACCAUCGCCAGUCCAUUGAAAUCUGUGUUUACAAUGAGAGGAGACCUAUUCUUGGCAGAAAUUUUCUUGGAAGGGUAAGGAUUCCUUGCUCGAACAUUGUCAAGAAAGGCGAGGAAGCUUAUCAAACAUUCCCACUAGAAAAGAAGUGGUUUUCCUCGUAUGUGAAAGGUGAGAUAGGCCUCAAAGUUUACCUUUCACCAGAGUCCGAACCAACUUAUCUUCCAUCAUUAUCUCCAUCACGACCACAACCUCGACCACAAACACCAGAAUCACCGCCUUCUGAACCCCUCAACUCAACUCUUUCAGAAUCAUCAACUGCUAAUACAUCAGCCACUUUUCCCAAACUCGAAGUUUCUGUUGCUGAUAGUCCUACAGCUCUCACAUUAAAGCCAGAAAAACAAAAUCCUUCCGUUAAUGUGAUAGAAAGUUCCUCGGUCACAGCAGCAAUUUCCUCGGGGAGGACUCCACCCGAAUUGCCAAAGGAAGGAGUCAAAGAGCCUUCCCUCGAAAAAGCAGACACAAUUCAACAAGUAUAUAAGCACCAAUUUCAUCAGCAACCCGGUUUAUCCCUGGGGAAAAGACAAGAGGGAGUCCACUUAACAAUGCAUCAACAGGCCAAUCCACAGCCACACCCAAGCCACCAGGAAGACUUUGAAUUGAAGGACACCAAUCCCCAGCUAGGCGAGCGGUGGCCAAAUGGAGCAGGAUAUGGUGGAAGGAGAUGGAUGAGCGGAGAGAAGUCUGCAAGCACCUAUGACCUUGUUGAACAGAUCUUUUACCUUUAUGUUCGAGUUGUGAAGGCCAAAGAUCUUCCUCCCAGUGCAAUCACCGCUAGUUGUGAUCCUUAUGUGGAAGUGAAGCUCGGGAAUUAUAAAGGAAGAACAAAGCACUUUGAGAGGAAGAUGAACCCCCAGUGGAACCAAGUCUUUGCAUUCUCAAAAGACCGUGUACAGUCUUCAGUCUUAGAAGUUUUUAUGAAGGACAAAGAGAUGGUGGGAAGAGACGAAUAUCUAGGCAGGGUUGUUUUUGAUUUGAACGAGGUUCCAACCCGGGUUCCACCUGACAGCCCUCUGGCUCCCCAGUGGUACAGAUUGGAGGAUCGUGAUGGGGGAGGGACGGUGAGGGGAGAAAUUAUGCUCGCGGUUUGGAUGGGAACACAAGCAGAUGAAGCUUUUUCCGAUGCAUGGCACUCAGAUGCUGCCUUUGUCCAAGGAGAGGGUGUUUCUAGCACCCGCUCAAAGGUUUAUGUCUCACCAAAACUUUGGUAUCUCAGAGUAAAUGUCAUUGAAGCUCAGGACAUCAUGCCAAAUGACAAAAGCCGCGCGCCUGAAGUUCUUGUUAAAGCUCAGGUGGGGCACCAAGUGCUAAGAACUAAGAUAUGCCCCACUCCUACAAUAAACCCUUUUUGGAAUGAAGAUUUAGUUUUCGUUGCUGCUGAGCCUUUCGAGGAACAAUUGAUCCUUACCGUUGAGGAUCGAGUGCACCCUUCAAGAGAUGAUGCGCUGGGGAGGAUAAGUCUACCAAUGAGCAUUUUUGAAAAGAGGCUUGACCACCGGCCAGUUCAUUCUCGCUGGUUCAACCUGGAGAAGUUUGGUUUUGGUGUUCUGGAGGCUGACAGGAGGAGAGAAUACAAAUUCUCAAGCAGGGUACAUGUAAGAGUCUGCCUUGAAGGUGGAUACCAUGUGCUCGAUGAAUCAACUCUGUACAUAAGCGAUCAGCGUCCAACAGCACGUCAACUCUGGAAGCAACCGGUUGGAAUAUUAGAAGUUGGCAUACUAGGUGCACAAGGGCUUCUGCCAAUGAAGACCAAGGAUGGAAGAGGAAGCACAGAUGCUUAUGUUGUAGCAAGAUAUGGGCAGAAAUGGGUCAGGACCAGAACAAUUCUCGACUCUUUCGGUCCCAAAUGGAAUGAGCAGUAUACGUGGGAAGUCUACGACCCCUGCACUGUGUUAACAUUGGGAGUUUUCGACAAUUGCCAUUUGGGAAUCGAGAAACCGGGAGCCAGCACAGCACGAGAUUCACGGAUAGGGAAGGUACGCAUUCGCUUGUCAACGCUAGAAGCUCACCGAAUUUACACGCACUCUUACCCACUUCUUGUUCUGCAUCCAACCGGAGUAAAGAAAAUGGGUGAUCUCCAGUUAGCAGUUCGAUUCACUAGCCUGUCCCUAGCUAACAUGAUAUACCUGUACGGCCAUCCAUUGCUGCCCAAAAUGCACUAUCUACAUCCUUUCACCGUCAACCAAGUCGACAAUUUGAGGUAUCAAGCAAUGAAUAUAGUGGCAACGCGGCUUGGCCGGGCUGAACCGCCACUCAGGAAGGAGGUUGUAGAGUGCAUGCUGGAUGUAGAUGCUCACAUGUGGAGCAUGAGAAGAAGCAAAGCUAACUUCUUCCGGAUGAUGUCACUGCUCUCAGGCGUGAUUUCUGUGAGCAGAUGGCUCGGGGAUGUUUGCCACUGGAAGAACCCUGUCACAUCAGUUCUAGUCCAUAUUCUCUUUCUGAUACUAAUCUGGUACCCCGAGCUGAUACUCCCGACUCUGUUUCUCUACAUGAACCUCAUCGGGCUUUGGAACUACAGGUUUCGACCAAGGCACCCACCCCAUAUGGAUAUCAAGCUCUCUUGGGCAGAAGCAGUGCACCCAGAUGAGCUCGACGAAGAGUUUGACACAUUCCCUAGUUCUAAGUCACAUGAUGUGGUUCGAAUGAGGUACGACAGGCUUAGAACCGUGGCGGGGAGGAUCCAAACUGUGGUGGGAGACAUAGCGACACAAGGGGAGAGGUUUCAGUCGCUGCUCAGCUGGAGAGAUUCGAGAGCCACCAGUCUCUUCGUGGUGUUCUGUCUCUGUGCAGCAAUGGUGCUUUAUGUGACACCGUUUAAGGUGGUGGCUUUAGUUGCAGGACUGUACAUGCUGCGACACCCAAGGUUCCGAAGCAAGCUGCCUUCUGUUCCGAGCAAUUUCUUCAAGAGACUGCCAGCGCGAACAGACAGCCUGCUCUAGACUCUGCUGCUGCAUUUGUUUCUUUAUAUACUUCAUUGUAGGUUCAUACUCAUUGCUGGUGCAUUGUGUUUUCAACCAUUUUCUAUUUGCUAUGGUGGCUUCCUAUUAACAAAGCAACACUGUGUUUGACUUCGUACGGGCAUUGAAGGUAGCAUCCAACGAGUAACACCAUUUGGGUCAUAAGGAAACAGAUUACCAAGUCCGUACAUACUCAUCAGUACAGCAAGCAGCUAGGAGAAUAACACCCAUAAAGCAUAGAAAUUUAGCGGCCAAUAUGUUCAAUGUCAUUUCAGCAUUAACUACAUGGCUUUAGACAUACCAUCCAACCGAGAGACUUGUAAUGGCCCUAAUUACCAAAGAUUUGAAAUGAUAUGUAAGACUCACAAGCACACCAUUAGCAUAACAUCACAUUCAGUUUGUGCAAGUUACUCAUCAACCAACCACCAAAGAGC